AGACGACUUUAUAUGGGAAUGUUACCUAAUUUGUAUGGGCGAAAUUUGAGGCCAGAAAUAGUUAGCGCAAAAUAAAACGCAAAACGCGCUGCGCUUGUUUAGGAUUAACUCUAAUUGAAUAUUCCGUAUAUUUUAUAGAGUCAAUUACUGUAAUUAGAAAUGUUUGAUUUACGACAGGGAGCGGAAUCUGCAGGUGGACCAUCGACGGUAACGUUUUUCCCCGAUAUAAGCAUGUUUGAACGGGAAACUGAUACCGAACAAGUAACCCAUGACGUGUUCAUUCCCGAUUGGAUCCUACGACAACUUGGAACUCUUCAAAGUAAAUUAGAAGCUAUAGAGAGUAGAUCACUUGGUGGAAGAGGAAGAGGUGGACGCACAGGUGCUCGAUCACUUCAUUCGUAUAGUUCUCACUUUAUAUAUGGAUUAGCUAACAGUUGUUUUGGAUAUAAUGGAUGGUCAAGUCAGGUACUUGAAUGUCCUAUGAUUAUGACAGAUUUUGAUGAAGAAAAUAAGAAGUAUUCUGCUCAAUUUCUGGCUUUAGUUAGAGUAACUUUGGCAGAUGGAACUUAUGUAGAAAGUAGAGGUUAUGGAGAUGGAGCUAAUCUUCCUAAUAAGUAUAUGUGCUAUAAUAAGGGAAUGAAACAAGCUGUGACUGAAGCAACUAAGAAUGCCAUAAUUGGACUAAGAGAUUUACUUAUAGAAUAUGAAAUGUCUCAAUUAGAGGCUAAACUUAAACGCGAAUACGAUUUACGAUAACACCAUUAUAUUUACUAUU